UGAACUAAGUGCCAAAUCAAAAGUAUUGCAACUGCAAAUAGUAGAAGAUGGGAAGACGGAUAGCGCUUUAUCCAUGAACGUGACUGUACCUCUAGACUUGUUCAGGAAACAACCUUCUGGCCAGCAAAGCUUUGCACUGAACAGCAGAGCCAGUGAGAGCAGUUCAGAGCCAGGGCCUGGGCUGGGAUCCAUUAGUGCAGAGUUCUCUUUUAUAGAACCCAAUGAACUGAAGACACGGCAAGUCUUUUCUCCAGUGCUGGCCACUAAGAUAGCAAAGGAUCGCACUGUGAUGCCCUGUGGGACUGUGGUCACUACUGUCACUACUGUGAGAUCCAGACCUCGUCUGGAAGGGAGACCAUCUUCACUGAGCACAGAUUCACCUGUGAAAACUCCAGUUAAAGUAAAGGUGACUGAAAAGGAUUCCUCUGUUGAAGAUACUCAUUCUCAUGGUGCUCCAGUCAGCAAAACUUUGUCAUCUUCAGAUACAGAGCUGCUGGUACUGAACGGCACCGAUCCUGUGGCAGAAACAGCCAUUCGGCAGUUGAGUGAGUCUUCAAAGCAGAAGCUGAAUUCUCCUAGAAAGAAAAGCACUGUUAUCAUAUCAGGGGUGUCCAAGACCUCUUUAUCUCAGGACCAUGAAGCUUCACUGAUGAGGGACUAUGCUGCAGCCAUGGACAGCUCCUACAACGCUGAAGAGCAACCCACUGUGAAGGAAGCUGCUGAUAAAACCACCUCUGAUGAAAAGCUGUCAUUAGGUGCUUCAGAAACAGUACCUGAUACUGUCCCACAACAAAGUACCCGUGAGGCUUGGGGUUUGGAGAAUGGCAGUCAAAAGCAGGACACCAGUACACUCUUAGACCAGACCUCUGAAGAAAUAUCUGUGAGCUUACUAAGUGUUUCAGAAACUGGGAGCAAGAAAAAAUCUAAAGGUGGCAUCUUGAAAAAAGGUGCCAAGCUCUUUUUCCGCCGGCAACAUCACCAGAAGGAUCCGGGAAUGAGUCAGUCGCACAAUGACCUUGUGUUCCUGCAGCAGCCUCUGCCAGAGGAAAGCCACAAGAAGGGGGGCACACUUUCCCGUGUGCUGAGCAAAAAGCUCCUUUCCAGACACAAAAGCAAGAGCAAACUGAAUGGUGCAUUGGGAGAACAAUGA